AUGGCGCGGCCAUUUUUCUGGAUUGUGGUCGUCGGCGCCUUUGUAUCGUUCCUGACCGGCGCAGGCGUUGGCAUGAAUGACCUUAGCAACGCCUUUGGGACCACCUACGGAGCGAAGGUUCUCACGCUGUCUCAAAUUGUCCUUCUUGCAUCGGUAUGCGAAUUCGUGGGUGCUGUGAGCCUGGGCAGUGCAGUGACAGCGACCAUAUCAGGAGGGAUCGCCAAGCCCGCCGACUUCGAGGAUCACCCUUACAUAUUUAUGUACGGCAUGCUGUGUGCCUGCGGUGCGGCCUUCUGCUGGCUUGUCAUCGCAACGUGGCUGACGCUUCCGGUGUCCUCCACCCACAGCAUCUGCGGAGGUGUCAUAGGCUUUGCUCUGGUGUACGGCGGGGUUGACUCGGUGAGCUGGGCCGACAAUCAAGACGAGUUCCCCUUCGUGAAGGGUGUAGUCCCGAUCAUCGCCUCGUGGUUUAUUUCACCGCUCUUCACAGGCGUAGUGGCAGCCGUCAUCUUCGGCUCUGUUCGCUGGUUUGUACUUCGGCAUGCAAACUCCGUGCAGCGAGCCAUUCUGACACUUCCCAUCAUCGUCGCCAUCACAUUUUUCCUCGAGUCCUUCUUUGUCCUCUUCAAGGGUGCUCAGAGUCGCCUGCACUGGGAUGUGGACCAUGCGGCGUGGGUGGCCAUGUGGAUUGCCACUGUCUCUGGCGGGCUUUCUUGUGGCUUUGUCCCGCUGCUGAAAUGGCGUGUAGAGCGGAUGGAACAGCGGGUGGAGGUGCUGGUCCAGCAGCAUGUCUCCACACCAGACAAUGUCGAGAACGAGAUGGAGCUCCAUCGCUGUGUUGACGAGCUACCAACUGAUUGUGGCUGGACAGAACAGCGUGAAGCUGUGGAACCCGCGUGCACCGCGCCAGUGUCAUCGCCACUGCCAUCAUGGCCACCGGCUUCCUCGUGCGCCCCGGCACAGAGCCGCUGCAGUCAUGAUAACUACGACAAGACAGAGACCGCCCCUGGAGCGGUCCUGCGCAAAGACGCUGGUAUUGAGGACAAUGCCACUCUUUCGCUACGCGAGCUGCACACCGUCACGGCUAGUGGACUGGAAGUGCAGCUGUACAACACCCAAGCGGAAAUGGUGUACCGCUACUUACAGGUCUUUACUGCCAUCUGCGCAUCUUUUGCGCAUGGGGCCAGUGAUGUCAGCAAUGCUGUCGGUCCGCUCGCCGCAAUCAACUCUGUGUACCAGACCGGGUCGAUACAGGCAACAUCGUUGAUUCCUGUAUGGGUUUUGUGUUUGGGCGGUGCUGGUCUUGUAGUCGGCUUGUCAACCUUUGGUGUUCGCCUCAUGCGGCUCCUUGGCGAGCAGAUCACCGUCAUCACACCUAGCCGAGGCUUCUCGGCGGAGUUGUCUGCUGCAUUGGUGGUGUCCUUUGCUUCUUGCUAUGGAAUCCCUGUGUCAUCCACGCACUGCAUUACGGGCGCUGUUAUUGGGAUUAGUAUGAUGGAUGUUGGCGUUCUCAACGUUCGCUGGAUGAUGGUGCUCAAGAUGUACGGCGGGUGGGUCUUUACUAUGGUGUUCACGGCGCUGAUGUCUGCCGUCUUCUUCGCUCAAGGCAUUAAUGCACCUUCUCGAUGA